AUGUCUGCUAUACGCAUUUUCUUGCUCAAGAAUCCCAUUCCCACCUUGCUUGCAGAUGUUCAUCACUCUAUCCAUUGGAGAAAUGAGAAGAAGGGGGGGAUGAUCCAGUGUUGCGCUCCUUUACUGUAUAAAUGGUUCUUAUCUCACUUACCAAGUGAAAGGCCUUUUGUUCAGAACAAGGAUAACCUCAAGUGGUCUCAAAAAAUCAUGUCUCUCACUGCCAAUAACAUCACCUGGUACUCUCGUGUUUAUGAUGAUGUGGACAUAAUCGUCAAAUGUGGCAACUUCCAUAAUGUGCCACUCAUAGGAACUCGAGGUUGCAUCAAUUACAACCCUGAGCUUGCUAUGCGGCAACUUGGUUUUCCUAUGGAUGACAAACCAGAAGACAAGUUGUUAGAAGGUUUCUUACUGGGAGAAGGAGUGAAGGACUUUGAUCUGGUGAAGAGGAUAUGUCGUUCCUGGACUAAAGUUCGUAGAGAAGGAAAAAGGGAGUGUGGAAAUAAGAAUUGUAUAGCUAGAGGGCCAUAUACAAGUUGGGUCCAAGCUAGAGAUUCUCAAGAUAAACUGGCAUACCCUUAUGAGCCUUCAAUGCAUAAAAAUCUUCCAGAACCUACUCACGUCACUAUGGAGGAAGCUAAAGAGCUCAAAGUUGUCAUCCAAAGGUUGGAAAAAGAGAAUGAAGAGCUAUGGUUGAACCUUCUCCGGAUUACUGAAGAAAGGGAUAAUUAUAAGUGGGAACUUGGGCGGAAGAAAACACAACUUCAAGCAAAUGUGGAAAGGAUUGAUAAGGAGGAAUAUAAGAGAAAAAGAGUCAAGCAUGGGUUUGAUCAGGCUGACAGCUGCUUGAAUACCGUCAAAAACCAACUGAAAAAGGCUGAGAGGGAUUGUCGUGAGAAAGAGAAAUGGUGGAAGCUCGCCACAAAACAAAAGAAGGAGAUAAGAGAGACGCUUGAGGCUGAGAUAGCCAACCUCAGUGUUUCACUCUGUGAAUCAAAAGAAAGGGAAGAACGAGAACGCCGCAGUAAAUAG